CCUCAACCAACAUGUUAUCGAUCCCUCGCCUUCCUCAGCAACAACUUCAGCUUCAACAACAACAUCAGAACAACUCUUCCAACACUCAGCAGUACCCAUAUAUCCAAGACUGCCAGUCCGAAUACAACCCAACAGCCUACUCAGACUUUUCACGAUCGAACUACGACGACGAGCUCGCCGCCUUGAGCCAGCAGCUUCCCUCAGACCUCAUGCAGCCCGACGCUUGGGGAGCCAUCGCCCAUCAGACUCCCAGAUUCUCCCGCGCUGCCCAUCAACGCGAGUCAUCAUUGUCGUCUCUGGGCUCUUCAACUGCCGGUCCUUCUUCUCCAUUUACCCACAACACCUCGAAUCCUCAGAUCGCCAUCACCGACGUCCACGAUCAGAGCGGCGCCAACCCUUCCUACUACCACCUGGCGACCAAGUCAAUGGCUCCCUACUCCGGUUACCAGUCCUGCGGUGGUAUGGAGCAUGUCAUGCCUGAGCUGGCAUAUCCCAUCACACUCGCAGGCCCCAGCAGCAAGCCGCGGAUGGAUCGGGGACUGAUGCACGCCCCCGACUUCUCCGGCUCAACGCGAUCACAUCCUGCCUCGGUGGCGAGUUCCAUCGCAGGUGACUCACCUGCAACUCCCACAGUUGGCGAAACCGAGCACUCGGAUAGGAGGCGAAAAGGUUAUACCAACGCCCCCAAGCUUGACAGAACUAUGACGGAUGUCUAUGGCGAUGAGCUUUACAGCCCCAACUUUGCCAUCACAUCUACUCCGCCCUCGCAAGCGCAGAUGGCUGUCUCUCCCACAAACGAUGUCUUCAGCCAGCGACUCCACGCAGCCAACAGCCAGCACCUGAGCGCUGCUCACUCACCGGCCUCCAGCACUUCUCGAGACAGAUCGCCUUUCCGCGCUGGCUCUCCCCUGGCACCUUCGCCGGCUCAUGACUUCAGCAAUGCUGCGUUCGCACAAAACAUGCCAUUCAACUCAGCCCAGCGCAUGCGCGAGCAGAACAAGGCGCAGCACGACGCGCAGUUCAUGCAACAGCAAAUGAGUCAGCGACAUGAGCCUGAGACCCCAAAGACAAUUUCGCCCAAGGACGCUAUUCUGGAGUUCAACGAGCCUGAGGGCGAGUCCAACUUCCCCUUGUUUCCCCAGGGUCCUUCUGGGUUUGAGAUGGACCACUUUGCGAAGGGCAUGGUCAACCAUGGAUCCCAGGAUCCUUCGAUGCACGAUGCUAGCGCCAAUGGUCACUUCAACUUCCUCCCCACGCAGGCAUCUGGCAUUGUUGUGCCUCAGCAGUAUCCCUUCAUUGCGCAUCACCGCUCUAACAACGAGACCCCUCCCCGCCUGAGCUCCGCUGGAUCCAGCUCCAACGAGUCACGAAACACCACCCCUGCAACCCGUCCCAGCAGUACUACCGCAGACGGAGGCACCUACACAUGCACAUACCACGGAUGCACUCUGCGAUUCGAGACUCCUGCGCUUCUCCAGAAGCACAAGAGAGAGGGACACCGCCAAACACAGGCUCUGGGAGGUGCUCGUCCCCGCGACAUGGGCAUGACCUCGACUCUGCUGAACAGCCAGGCCGGGCCCCAUCGCUGUGAUCGGAUCAACCCGAGCACGGGCAAGCCUUGCAACACAAUCUUUUCUCGGCCCUAUGAUCUCACUCGUCACGAAGACACGAUCCACAAUGCCCGCAAGCAAAAGGUACGCUGCGAUCUCUGCACCGAGGAAAAGACAUUCAGCCGGGCGGAUGCCCUGACGAGACAUUACCGGGUGUGUCACCCGGAUGUGGAGCUCCCGGGCAAGCACCGGCGACGCGGCGGCGCCUGAAGUGGGCGUUGAGCGGCACGCAAGGCUGGCAUAUCCCCGUCCCCGGACAAUUGACUCCUUCCACCGGCCACCCCCUGCCUCGCUUUACAACAUCCAGAUGCCAGCAGAGCUGGGACCGACGGGUCUUCUCACGCAACAGAUGAUGCUGCAUGACGUGGACCACGGUCGAAUUAGGCUUGGCAUUGGUGGACCGGUCGAUGCGAGGCUUCAACCUGCUUGAAUUGGGUUGGCUGAGGGCAAAAAAAGCGACAGGGCGGCCGGGCUCCAACGCGGGCGGGUGGGUCUCAGGGUCCUCAUGCAGGAAGGGUCCUCCCAACUGACGUCAUGGGCUGCCCAUCAACUCAGGCUGUGACAUCACUCGCCCCGCCCGACCUGUCUUCAGCCAUCAGCAUCACUCCCCAGCACUCCUGAUGAUGACAUGGCGUCCGUCAUGGAUACGGCAUGCUCAUUCUGGAGCACCCUGAUCCCGAAUUUUCUUUGUCUGGCAUCUAAUCGAAGGGCAUGGAAGCAACGCUGGGUGUACUUCCAUCGGCCCUGAUGUAACUUGUACAUUAUUUACAAAUCCAACAAAACAAUUACACGGAAUGGCCACGGCACAGCCCCAGGCUCGACUUGGCCGGCCGGGAACGCCUGGGCUGUGCUUUGCGAUAUUGGAAAUCAUUUGGGAAUCGGAAAUCGGAAAUCGGAAACCGGUCUAGACAAAAAAACAAACGAGCGAGAGGGUCUUUUUACAGCGUCUUUGUCAUUCAAUUUUGCUUUGCAAUUGGGUAUCCUCUAUGGAUUGGUCUGCAUUUGGUGCUUUGGUCUGUUUGUUACACAGGCCGUUUUGGACUGUCUAUUUUUGUCGGCAGCGGAUGCUUGAUCCGCAUGCAAGAGCGUGUAACGGCGUGAUUUUGGGUCAUGACUGCAGGUUGGAAACAUUAUUGGGUCAUACGAUGUCAUGACACUGGAGAAACGACCAAGAGCGGGUCGAUCAGCUUGAACUUGGUUUUCGAUUUCCUUGGCCUUUAGGAAUUUUGCAUGGGUUCUAACCCAAAAACUAUAUCCAUAGAUGAUGAUGAUGUAUGAUAUAAUUAAAAGAAGGAUUGGCAACUUAC